CGUGUAAAGGGCUUCCUACUUCACUCCUCUCUCUCUCUCUCUCUCUCUCUCUCUCUCUCUCUCUCUAUCCGCUUUCUCUGCGAGGGAGAAGAAGAGAAUGGGGUGGCUAACACUGUGAAGUAAGGGGCAGUCAGGUUUCUCCGCUUCUUCGACUGCGGAGGAUGCAACUCAGGGAAUUGAUGGAAGCGGUCGAACUGCCGUAAUCACAGGAGCUUCAAGUGGUAUUGGUACAGAAACAGCUCGUGUGCUUGCUUUGCGAGGUGUUCAUGUCAUCCUAGGGGUUAGAAAUGUUUCUGCUGGUAACAAUGUGAAGGAAAUUAUUCUAAAGGAGAUCCCAACUGCUAAAGUUGAUGUCUUGGAAUUAGACCUCAAUUCAAUGGCUUCUGUGAGAAAAUUUGCAGCAGAUUUUAAUUCUCUAAAUCUUCCUCUGAAUAUUUUAAUUAACAAUGCAGGCGUGGCGAUGCCAUCAUUCAUGCUAUCACAAGAUGGCAUAGAGAUGAACUUUGCUACAAACCAUAUAGGCCAUUUUCUUCUGACCAAUCUUUUAUUAGAAAAUAUGAAAGCUACUGCCUCUAAGAGUGGUUUGGAGGGAAGAAUAGUCAUUGUUUCUUCGGCGGCAUACAGGAUUUCUUAUCGUGAAGGAAUUCGAUUUGACAGGAUCAAUGAGAAGUCUGGAUAUAAUGGUUUUGCUGCAUACGGGCAAUCGAAGCUUGCGAACAUAUUUCAUGCUCAGGAGCUUUCUGACCGACUCAAGGAAGAAGGCGUAGCAAUAACAGUCAAUUCACUUCACCCAGGGGGUAUUUACACCAAUAUCUGGCGGCAUCAUAGUUUCCUAAAGGGUAUCGCGGCUGCUUUUGGAUUUUUAUUACUAAAAAAUGUUCAUCAGGGGGCAGCAACUUCUUGUUAUGUGGCUCUGCAUCCUCAAGUAAAGGGAGUCAGUGGUAAAUAUUUUGAAGAUUGUAAUUCAGCAAAGCUCAACACUAUUGCUACAGACAGAGAAAUGGCGAAAAAGCUUUGGGAUUUCAGUGUCAACAUCAUCAAUGGAUGUAAUUAUGAUACCCUCAAUAGAUGCGAAAAUUCUUAAGCGAGGCAAACGAACGUUCAGGCUUUCGGUUUGGCUUGCAUUGGUCCAUCUCUUACUGUGCUUUACCAAAUACAAAUAGCAUUUUGGAUAUUGAUGAUCUGUCUAUCAGCAGAAGUGUGGAAAGUCUGUAAUGUUAAAUAUCUGAAAAAUAAAUUCUGAAUGAUUUUGUGGUGAUUUUAAAGGCUCCCCUAAAAACAAUUAUAAUUUGUUUAUGUA